CACUUUACUUUUACAUAUACAAACCCACAGAAAACGACUUUUACUCUCGCAAACGUGAAUCUCUCUACUCUCUUUUUAUCGUCACAUACACUUUUCGUGAUUCAACUUUCUUCGUGGCCGAGCCAUUGCAACAACAUUUCCAAUUCAACAUUCAUUUCGAAUUUAAUCACUUCACUCUUUCCAAAUCAAACUAAAAUCGAUAAUUGUAAAUAAAAACGAAGAUUCUCUGCUUAUUUCAAACAAGUACCAGCUUUGUUGAUAAUUGUCGGUGAUGUCAUAAAUACAAAGUUAAGGAGAUUCAGAAAAGAAAAAAAAAAACGGCAUAAAAUGGGAGCUGCUGUGUUGCCUGAUACAGCAGUUUUGGGAGCAGUUCUUAAACGCUAUCCCUUUGUUCCAAGGCACCGUUUUACCCGUGGAAUAUCUUCAACUUUGUCAGUAAGAAACAGAAGUUAUUCCGUUGCUGACAAGAGGAUCUUCAAAUCAGCGCACAUAGUUUUUUCACACAAUAAUGGUGAUGACAUGUUUACAGAUAUAGUUGUUGAUCAAGAUUUAGGGAAAAAUGAAGUUCUGGGAAUAGAAGAUGAAUUAAUAGCAGCCAAGAAAUCUCUUUCAGAAGCACAAGACAGACAAGAGGCUAUAGAGAAGGAGAGAGAUCAAUUGCUUGAAGAACUUGCACGCUCUGAGGCUAGAAAACAGGAGUACAGCGCCGCCAUUUUACACGACAAAGAAGUAGCUAUAAGAGAGCUUGAGGCUGCCAAAUCUCUUUUCCAGAAAAAUCUGGAGGAAUCUGUUGAAGAGAAGUUCUCUCUGCAAUCUAAGCUGGUCCUUGCUAAAUCAGAUGCUGUUGAUCUUGCAGUGCAGGUUGAAAAGUUAGCAGAGGCUGCUUUCCAGCAGGCAACUUCUCAUAUACUACAAGAUGCUCAAUUCAGAAUUUCAUCUGCUGAAACCACAGCCGCUGAAGCAGCUCAUCAGAUCGAAAAGCAAAUUAAGGAUGCGACUGAGGGUACAAUAUCGUCCAUUGUGGAGAAGUCAAAACAUGCUAUAGAAAGGGCUUUAGCUGUGGCAGAGGAAGCAGGUGAACAUGCAAAGGAAGCCAUGGAAACAUUUAUUGAUGGUACAUCUCCAUUUACGGAAAUUACCUCUGUCCAGGUAGAAAAUAUCAAGUUACAAGGAAUGUUAAGUGAUUUAGAAUCUCAGAUGAUGGUUGCGAGAAAUGAGGUUGCUAGAUUGAACAUAGAAUUGGAGCACACCAGACAACAGGUGAAGGCAUUUGAACAAAGAGCCAUUGAUGCGGAGAAAGCUUUGCUUGAUCUUCAAGAGUCACACAGGAAAACCACUUUACAGCAAGAGGAGGAGAUGAAGUCAUUAAUGGAGAAAAUGAGAAAAGAUGUGGCAGACAAGACGAAGGCAAUUUCCAAGGCUUUUAAGACUGACUUGAAAAACAUAAAGGCUACUAUUGAAGCUUCAAAAGAAGUAGUCGUCAGUAAAGAUAAUGCCUACCUCAGAAGAUGUGCAGCACUGCAGAGGUCAUUGAUGACAUCAGAAGAUGCUCUGAAGAUGUGGAAACAGAGAGCUGAAAUGGCUGAAGCAUGGCUAAUGAAAGAAAGAAAACUAGACGUAGAAGAUGAAGAUUCAAUAUAUGCUGUUAAUGGUGGGAGGAUAGAUCUUUUGACGGAUGUUGAUUCUCAAAAAUGGAAACUACUGAGUGACGGUCCUCGUAGAGAUAUACCUCAGUGGAUGGCAAGAAGGAUUAAGGCUGUCAUUCCUAAAUUUCCACCAAAAAAGACUGAUGUAGCUGAAGCAUUAACAUCGAAGUUCAGAUCCUUGGAGUUGCCUAAAGCCGAUGAAGUAUGGUCUAUUGCUCGAGAAAAGCCGAAGGAAGGGGAUGCUUUAAUUGAACAUGUUUUCGAAAGAGAAACAAUUGAGAAGAAGCGGAAGGCCUUGGAGCGUGCUCUUCAACGGAAGACUAUAAAGUGGGAGAAAGCCCCUGAACAAAAAAUACUAGAGCCAGGAACAGGAACAGGACGAGAGAUUGUGUUUCAAGCUUUUAACUGGGAGAGCUGGAGAAGGCAAUGGUACCAGGAGUUGGCAUCUAAAGCUGCUGAUUUAUCUAAAUGUGGGGUGACUGCAGUGUGGCUGCCGCCACCAACAGAAUCUGUUGCCGCUCAAGGUUACAUGCCUUCUGAUCUUUACAACUUGAAUUCAUCGUAUGGUUCUGUGGAAGAACUUAAAUAUUGUAUAGAGGAAUUGCAUACUCACGAUCUGCUGGCCUUGGGAGAUGUUGUACUUAACCAUCGAUGUGCACAUAAACAGAGUCCAAAUGGUGUUUGGAACAUUUUCGGUGGUAAACUAGCAUGGGGACCUGAAGCAAUUGUAUGUGAUGAUCCGCAUUUUCAGGGGCGUGGAAAUCCUUCAAGUGGGGAUAUCUUCCAUGCUGCACCAAAUAUUGAUCAUUCUCAGGAAUUUGUCCGAAAAGAUAUCAAGGAAUGGUUGAACUGGCUUCGCAGUGAUAUAGGGUUUGAUGGAUGGCGGCUUGACUUUGUAAAAGGCUUCUCAGGCACAUAUGUAAAAGAAUAUAUCGAAGCAUCAAAUCCUGUAUUUGCCAUUGGAGAAUAUUGGGACAGCUUGUCUUAUGAACAUGGAAGUUUAUGCUACAACCAAGAUGCUCAUCGGCAACGGAUUGUUAAUUGGAUCAAUGCGACCGGUGGUACUUCAUCUGCAUUUGAUAUCACUACAAAGGGGAUACUUCAUUCCGCUCUGCACAAUGAAUAUUGGAGAAUGAUAGACCCUCAAGGGAAACCAACAGGAGUUAUGGGAUGGUGGCCUUCUCGUGCUGUCACAUUCUUAGAGAACCAUGAUACAGGGUCCACACAAGGCCACUGGCCAUUCCCACGAGAUAAGCUGAUGCAGGGAUAUGCAUAUAUCUUGACUCAUCCUGGAACUCCUGUUAUAUUUUAUGACCAUUUCUAUGAUUUUGGCAUCCAUGAUGUAAUAACCGAGUUGAUUGAGGCACGGAGACGGGCUGGGAUCCAUUGUCGGAGCUCUAUCAAGAUAUACAAUGCAAACAAUGAAGGAUACGUAGCUCAAGUUGGUGAUUCACUAGUAAUGAAGCUUGGGCAGUUUGAUUGGAAUCCUUCAAAGGAGAACCGUUUGGAAGGGAGCUGGCAGAAGUUCGUUGACAAAGGAUCAGAUUACCAAGUUUGGUUGAGACAAUAAUUUAAUGCCAAUUCCGUAGACAUGGCUGGAAACUAAAAGUAGUUUCAAUGUCGCUCAUUCAUAGAAGGAAAAGAGAAUCAUUUUGUCAUGCAACUGUAGCUCUUUUCUUUGAUGAAAACUAAAAGAACCUUCAACAUAUAACAUUUAUUGAAGGAACAAUUUGCAGAAUAUAGCCUAUGAUAAGCAAAUUGAAAUUGUCACUAGCAUUGUUGAUUUAUAUUCGUAAAAUUUGACAUUGCUGUAGCAAGGCUCAGAAACAAAUGAAGUGAACUCAUCUUGCCAUGUGCAUUGGCAUCUUCAUUAAAAAGUUAUGUAACUUGGGUACAUUUCCAGUCCUAGUGUAGGCAAAUGAUAGUUGUGUGGAACAAAUACAAACAGCCAACAUCACAUUA